UUUCAAGCUAUGGGGCUAAGCUUGGAAAAUGAGUACAUUUCCCAAACCAGUGACUGCACAUAUUUAAGAGAGCAAUGUUUAAAUGAUACAAAUGGAUGUAAACAUGCAUGGAAACUACUGGAGGAUGCCUGCAAUGAUUCAGAUCCAGGUCACCCCUGCAAGAUGAGGAAUUCAUCACACUGUAACCUGGCUAUCCAGUUCUUAGUGGAAAGCAAUUUUCAGUUUAAAGAGUGUGUCUGCACUGGUGACUUCUAUUGUACUGUGAACAAAUUGCUUGGAAAAAAAUGCAUCAAUGGAUCAGAUAACAUGGAAGAGGAUAAAUUUAAAUUGGAUCUAACUACUCUUUCUCAACACGGAUUCAAAGGGAUCUGGUCCUGUUUGGAAGUGGCAGAGGCGUGUGUGGAGGAUGUGGUCUGUAAUGCACAGUUGGCCCCUUACCUUAAAGCUUGUUCAGCAAAUGGAAAUCCGUGUGAUGUGAAACACUGCCAAGCAGCCAUACGGUUCUUCUAUCAAAAUAUGCCUUUUAACAUUGCCCAGAUGUUGGCUUUUUGUGACUGUGCUCAAUCUGAUAUACCUUGUCAGCAGUCCAAAGAAGCUCUUCACGGCAAGCCAUGUGCAGCGAACAGAGUUCCACCCCCUACUUGCCUCAAUGUAAUUCACAGCUGCCGAAAUGAUGAAUUAUGCAGGAGGCGCUAUAGUAAAUUUCAGUCAAACUGCUGGCAGCACGUGACUAGAAAGUGCCAUGAAGAUGAGAACUGCAUCAGUACCUUAAGCAAACAGGACCUCACUUGCUCGGAAAGUGAUGACUGCAAAGCUGCCUACAUCGGUACCCUUGGGACUGUCCUUCAAGUGCAGUGUACCUGCAGGGCCAUUACACAAAGCGAAGAAUCUUUGUGCAAGAUUUUCCAGCAUAUGCUUCAUAGAAAAUCAUGUUUCCAUUAUUCGACCCUGUCUAAUGUCAAAGGCAUUGCAUUGUAUAAAAGAAAACAUGCAAGGGAAAUCACAUUGACUGGAUUUCAUUCCCCCUUCAAUGGAGAAGUAAUCUAUGCUAUCAUGUGCAUGACAGUCACCUGUGGAAUCCUUCUUUUGGUUAUGGUCAAGCUAAGAACCUCCAGAAUAUCAAAUCAAACAAGAGACCCUUCACCAAUCCAAAUACAUGGAGAACUUGUGAUUCAUUAAGAGUCGAAGAUCAUUAACAAUCACUUUCUUUAAAACAAGUCGUUGCAGCCAG